AUGACGUCACGGGAUAACGCGAGGGGCAGCAGCAACCUCCCCCUGCUGCUGCUGCUGUUUAACCAGCAGGGCCUUGUCGCCUCCGUGCAGGGUGACUGGGUGUGGCUGAAGAAAUUCCCGGGGGAGCAGCACACGGAGGUGAAACCGGCCACCAAGCUGGCCUUCUGCAAGCUGCGGGACCUGCGUCACGAGAACGUGAACCUGUUCCUGGGCUUCUUCCACGACUGCGGCAUCUUCGCCAUCGUGUCGGAGCACUGCUCGCGCGGCAGCCUCGAGGACCUGCUGCGCAACGAGGACAUGAAGCUCGACUGGAUGUUCAAGUCCUCGCUCCUCAUCGACCUCAUCAAGGGCGUGCGGUACCUGCACCACCGGGACGUGGUGCACGGGCGCCUCAAGUCGCGGAACUGCGUGGUGGACGGGCGCUUCGUGCUCAAGGUCACCGACCACGGCUACAACCAACUGCUGGAGGCGCAGCGCGUGCCGGCCCCGCCCCCGCAGCCCCACGAGCGGCUGUGGACGGCGCCGGAGCUGCUGCGGGACGAGGCGCUGGAGCGGCGCGGCUCCUUCCGCGGCGACGUCUACGGCAUCGGCAUCAUCAUGCAGGAGGUGAUCUGCCGCAGCCCGCCCUACUGCAUGCUGGGGCUGCCCCCCGAAGAGAUCAUCGAGAAGGUGCAGCGGCCGCCGCCCCUGUGCCGCCCCGCGGUGUCGGCCGACCAGGCGCCGCUGGAGUGCAUCCACCUGAUGAAGGAGUGCUGGAGCGAGCAGCCCGAGAGACGGCCCACCAUCGACCAGGUGUUCGACCAGUUCAAGGGCAUCAACAAGGGCCGCAAGACCAACAUCAUCGACUCGAUGCUGCGCAUGCUGGAGCAGUACAGCAGCAACCUGGAGGACCUGAUCCGCGAGCGCACCGAGGAGCUCGAGAUCGAGAAGCAGAAGACCGACAAGCUCCUGACCCAGAUGCUGCCGCCGUCGGUGGCCGAGGCGCUGAAGAUGGGCACGCCGGUGGAGCCCGAGUACUUCGAGGAGGUGACGCUGUACUUCAGCGACAUCGUGGGCUUCACCACCAUCUCGGCCAUGAGCGAGCCCAUCGAGGUGGUGGACCUGCUCAACGACCUCUACACGCUCUUCGACGCCAUCAUCGGCUCCCACGACGUCUACAAGGUGGAGACCAUCGGCGACGCCUACAUGGUGGCCUCGGGGCUGCCCAAGCGCAACGGCAACCGGCACGCCGGCGAGAUCGCCAACAUGUCCCUGGACAUCCUCAGCUCCGUCGGCACCUUCAAGAUGCGCCACAUGCCCGAGGUGCCCGUGCGCAUCCGGAUCGGGCUGCACUCGGGGCCGUGCGUGGCGGGCGUGGUGGGGCUGACCAUGCCGCGGUACUGCCUGUUCGGGGACACCGUCAACACCGCGUCACGCAUGGAGUCCACCGGGCUGCCCUAUCGCAUCCACGUGAACCAGCGCACGGUCGCCAUCCUGCUCUCGCUGCAGGAGGGGUUCAAGGUCGACAUCCGCGGCAAGACCGAGCUCAAGGGUAAGGGUGUGGAGGACACCUACUGGCUCGUGGGCCGCGAGGGAUUCACCAAACCCAUCCCCACCCCCCCCGACCUCCUGCCGGGUGCGAGCAACCACGGGAUCAGCCUGGACGAGAUCCCGGCCGAGCGGCGCCGCAAGCUGGAGAAGGCGCGGCCGGGCCAGGUGCUGAAAUAGCCCCGCCCACCAGAGCUGCAGGCGGCCUCGCCCCGCCCCUGAGGGGUGGAGCCAAUGCUGAUUGGCCGCCGAGGGACCGCGCCCAGGUGACGUCACAGGAGGCGGAGCCUGGGCACCACAAGAUGAUGUGGGGGCGUGGCUUGGGCCAGAGGGGCGGGGCUUUGACCAGAGGGGGCGGGGCUUAGGUAUGGGGCAGGGUUUGACCCAUAGGGGCAGGGCUUAAAUGUAUGGGCAGAGCUUGACCCUAAAGGGGCGUGGUUUGAGUUUAUGGGUGGGGCUUUGCCCUUAUAGGGGUGUGGUUACCCAGAAGGAGGCGUGGCUUGUAUUUGUGGGCGUAUCCUGGCCCUAAACUGGGCGUGGCUUGAGACUGGGGCAGGGCCCCCAGCAGCCAAUAGGAUCUCGACUCUCACAAAGGGGCGGAGCCCUCAGCGGGCGUUCAUCCAAUCGGAGCCCAGGGCGGCCAUCUUGGACCCGCGGCGCCGGCGAAUGGCGGCGCAGCUCCGCUCUUAAAGGGCCGGCGCGGCGCCGCGGUUCCCGCUCGUUUUCCCCGGAAUUUUUCCCAGAUUUCCCCCCAUUCCCGAGGCCCCGCCCCCUUCCCGAAGCCCCACCCCCUCUCCUGUAGCUCCUCCCCCCUCUUUAAAUAAAUUUAAUCCCAAAGAUUUUGGUAGGAAAAAAUCGGAUUUUGGUUCAAACGGGGAUCGGCCGCCAUCUUGGGGGGUGGGCGGGGCCAAGGCAGCCAUUUUGUGGGUGUGGCCACAGCAGCCAUCUUGGGGGAGGAGCCAUGGCGGCCAUCUUGGGUGGGACCAUGGUGGCCAUUUUGGGUUGGAGCCAUGGCAGCCAUUUUGGGGGUGCGGCCAU